AUGCUCAAACCAAAGGCAAUUUCUCAAGUUCUUAAACAAGCAACUACUGGCGGUGUUAAAGCAACACUUCUUUUAAAUUCUGAGGGUUCUCCCUUAGCUUUUAUUUCUGACUCGGAUCGUGAUGCUAGAGUUUAUGCUGCAAUAGCCUCAAAUAUAUGGAGCACUUUUGAAAAAAAUGGAAAGAAUUUAAUGCGUGAUGAUAAUCUAAAAUUUUUGUUGGUUGAAUGCGAGAAAGGAAAUGUUGCGAUAACUACGGUUAGCAAUAUGUUACUUUGUCUUGUUGCUAAGCCUGAAGUUGAACUAGGAAUAUUAAAAGCAAAGACUGACGCAUUAGCGAGACAUCUUGAAGAACCUUUUCAACGUAUGACGACUUAUACGCAAACAUAA